GUCCCCGCCGCCCGGUCUGUAUCGUGUCUGCGCGUGAAGUCAGAGGGGAGGGAGAGAGAGGCCGGAUCCGCACAAAACACCAACCUCCUUCGAUUGUUUCUUUUUCCGGGAAGUGCCUCAGUUUGAUAAACGAGCCGGGACAUGGAGGUCAGCGCCGAGGCCAAGAGGAUCAUGGUCGUGGCUCUGGGGAAACUGUACAGCUCCCGCAGCCAGCGAGGGGGUCUCCGCCUCCACCGGAGUCUCCUGCUCACCCUGGUGAUGAAGUCCGCCCGGGACAUGUACCACGCGGCCCAGACCCCGGCAGACGGCGUGGCGCCGGGACCACGUGAGCACCAACAACCACAACAACAACAACAACAACAACAACAAACAACAACAACAACAACAACAACAACAACCGCGGUGACCACGGAGCCCAACGGCCCACACGUGGGGCUCCAGGGCCCCGCUUCGCUCGCCGGCGGCGGCGCGCAGCCUCGCUCUGCGCCGCGGGAGGAGGUCGCGCGUCCCCGCGCGGAGGACAAGGAGAACCGGUGCCCGAGCGGCCCCGCGCAACUGUCGAGGAAGAGACGCGGCAAGGCGGCCGCCGAGCCGGAUUUCCUGCCGCGCAAGAAAGCGAAACUGGAGCAGACGAACCGCUCCCAGCACCCGGUGCCCGUGAGCCCCGUGCUGAUGGACUACGUGAACUGCGGCGGCGGCAGCGAGCUGGGCGCGCGCCCGACCCCCAUCCCGCUGCCGAGGGCGGUCGCGGCGUGUUGAGAGAGAAACGCUGCCUCUCACAUUCAAAAGGGGGCGAAUGAACUUUCCGACGCGGCCUUGAAAGGCCUGAUGGCAACCCGCCGGCAGCGGGCCUGUCCCGGGGAGUCGCGGGGGGGGGGCGAACACCGCGGGACAGUUGGGUCCCGGGGGAAGUUCCCCACAGACGCGACUCUGGACAGGCCGGGGCACGUUCCAGGAACCACGGGAGCAGGGCCAGCCGAUGCCAAGUCGUCCCGAGUGACUCGUUGGCCCAUAAAGCUCACAGCAGGGGGGCUGGUCCAGGGCCUACAGGAAUAUGUGGCUCAUCAUAGACUGCCUCCAUGAACAUUAAAGAGACUGAACAGACUCUGUAAACUCUGCUGGCCUGGUUGUGAACUUGUGUCUGAGGCCUACAUGCUGACUGAUCAUGUGAGGUGUGAUGUGCUGAUGAGUUCAAGUGUGAAACAGUCAAUGAUCAACUACCUCAGUAUUUAUUAAACUUUCGUUUUUUUGUACUCAAAGUGAA